UCCCUAGGAAAGGCCAGCCGCUGGUUCGGGGUAUCCCAAUCCAAGGCAGCCAAGACGAGCGUGAACAUCCUGCAGCAGGAGGAGCUGAUUGCCCAGAAAAAGCGGGAGAUCGAGGCCCGGCUGGAGCAGCAGGCGAGGCAGAAUUCCCUGAGCAUCCCACAGCUCCCCCUGCUCGGAGACGACGAUGGAUCCGAAGGCGACGCCUCCGUGUCCAACAAGUUUGUGAACGACGGGAGUUUCCUGCAGCAGUUCCUCAAGCUCCAGAAGGAAAAAUCGAGUGCUGAGCCCCCCCCGAGCUCCAGCAGCAGCAAUCCCGGGCACGCUCCGACCCCGAGCGUUGGGAAGCGGCUUCCUGGGAAGCGGCAGCUCCUGAGCCGGAUGUUGCACCAGGCCCGGAGCCUCCCCCAGCCCCGGCCUGGCCCCGGCCUGGCCCUGGACAGCGUCUUCCAGGGCCCCGACGAGGACGAUGAUGAGGACUACGAGCAGUGGCUGGAGAUCAAAGGUCAGUGGUUUUUGCACGAUAAGAACAGCAGAGAAUUCCUUUACUACAGGAAGAAAGUGGCUGAGAUAAGAAAAGAGACUCAAAGUUCUCAGGCAUCCUCUUCCCAGAAAGACGACGAAGAGACGAGGAAUUCGGCGGAAAAGCUGGCCAAGUUUGUGGCAGCCGGGGGGCCCGAGGCGGAGGCAAUUGCCCUGCAGAACAACAGAGAGAACCCUGCUUUCAGGUUUUUGUAUGAGCCAAACAGCAAAGGCUACAAGUAUUACAGGCAGAAGCUGGAGGAGUUCCGGAAGGCCAAGGCCAGCCCUGGCUGUGCCCCUUUCCCUGGAGAGCCCAGCCUGAAGAGGAAAACCAGCCCCGAGGCCUCGCCCUCCCCUCUGUGCUUCCCCUCCCUGCCCCUGCCCCUUCCCUCCCCGCUGCCUCUGCCCCUUCCCCUGCCCGUGACAGCCCCAAACCCAGCCCCAAACCCGGCCCCAAACCCAACCCCAGGCACCCCCACGGCCGCUCCGGGCACCACCAAGAAGAAGAGGAAGAGCCGGUGGGGGCCCGAGGAGGACAAGGUGGAGCUGCCCCUGCCACAGCUGGUGCAGCAGCUGGACUCUCCCUCCCCUCUCUCAGUUCAGGACCUGAAGGGCCUUGGCUACGAGAAGGGGAAGCCCGUGGGGCUGGUGGGGGUGACUGAGCUCUCCGAGGCCCAGAAGAAGCAGCUGAAGGAGCAGCAGGAGAUGCAGCAGAUGUACGACAUGAUCAUGAAGCACAAACGGGCCAUGCAGGAGAUGCAGCUGAUGUGGGAAAAGGCCAUCCAGCAGCACCAGCACGGCUACGACAGCGACGAGGAGGUGGACAGCGAGCUGGGCACCUGGGAGCACCAGCUGAGGCGCAUGGAGAUGGACAAGACACGAGAGUGGGCCGAGCAGCUGACCCAGAUGGGCAGAGGGAAACAUUUCAUCGGGGACUUCCUCCCGCCCGACGAGCUGGAGAAGUUCAUGGAGACCUUCAAGGCGCUGAAGGAGGGCCGGGAGCCGGAUUACUCGGAGUACAAGGAGUUCAAGCUGACCGUGGAGAACAUCGGCUACCAGAUGCUCAUGAAGAUGGGCUGGAAGGAAGGAGAGGGGCUGGGAUCAGAGGGGCAGGGCAUCAAGAACCCCGUCAGCAAGGGAACCACGGCCGUGGAUGGGGCUGGAUUUGGGAUCGACCGCCCCGCUGAGCUCACCAAGGAGGAUGAUGAGUACGAGGCCUUCCGCAAGAGGAUGAUGUUGGCCUAUCGCUUCCGACCCAACCCCCUGAACAACCCACGGCGACCCUAUUACUGAGGAGGCUCCAGGGAACAGAAGAGUUUUGCUCCCUGACUGUGAAAUGUUACGGAACCGCUUCAUCCAUCCCUUCUUUCCCGGUAUUGUCCCAACUCCCCGAGGCCACAGCACCCCCCUCAUCCCGGGGGAAAGGCCUGGGAGCCCUCCCAGGUGCCCCCACGGGGGUUUUUCGGGACAGGGGGUUUUCGGGGAGGGAACGUGGCAAGGGCAGCACCAAAGAUCCCCCGGGAGGAGUUCAGGGCACUCCCCAUCCCUGCUCCCGCCUUCCAAGGAGCGUGGGGGUGUUUUUUUGGGAUAACAGCUGGUCUUUUACUGUCCAGACUCGAAGCUUGUGCUGCUCUGGGGUUGUUUUUUUUUGUUUUCCCCUCAAUUUUAUGUUUAAAUCUCCCACCCAAGGGACUCUGUGCCCUCCCAGAGCAGGGUCAGGACGUUGUUCUGACGGUGCCAGAGGUGUGACCUCCAGCUGACAUUGCACCCCAGUGCCUCUGUUUUCCCUCUGCACGGGGCUGGAUCAUGAAUUCCAGGAUUUUAAAGGGGGUGCAGGGUGAGUUCACUCAACCCCAGGGGUCCCAACCCCUCGUUUUCUGAGCACUACGUUCCCCCCCUGGCACAACCAGAGACUUGCCAACAACACCCCUCCCGUGCUUUGGAGGGGGAGGAGGAAGAAGAGGAACCAAACCCUCAACCACAGUUUGUCAAAGGCCAUUUAUUUGGGGUUUUGUUGUCAUUUAAAAAAAAAAAAAAAAGAACCUCUGAAAUAUGAAUUUUCUUCAUCGAGUCUGUAAAUAAAAUAAAACUCGUUUGUUCCUUAGUUUUAA